CAGGAAGUUUAUUUAUAGGAGACCGCUAGCUAUCUCAUAGCACUCAACCCCAACAGUUUAAAAGAUUCAAUGGCUCUCAGCACCACCCUCUCAGCAUGGCUUCCUCUUCUUAUAAUGAUUAUAAUCCCUUCUCUUCCUCUCUUCCUUUUAAUACACAAAAGGAAUAGUAAAAGACGCUCAAAGCUACCUCCAGGUCCACCUGGGCUUCCCAUCUUAGGCAACCUGCACCAGCUCACUUCCUUGCCUCAUCGCAAGUUCUGGCUACUCUCUAGAAAGUAUGGCCCACUCAUGCAUUUGCAACUGGGUCAUGUACCGACCCUCAUCGUUUCUUCUGCGAGAAUUGCCAAGGAGGUCAUGAAAUCUCAAGAUCUUCAUUUCUGCAGCCGGCCGGCACUCGUCUCGCAAAGAAAACUCUCUUACAAUUUCUCUGAUGUGGCUUUUGCACCAUACGGUGAGUACUGGCGAGAGAUGCGUAAGAUCAGCAUCGUUGAUCUUCUUAGCACGAAGAGAGUGCAAUCCUUUCGAGAAAUUCGAGGGGAUGAAGUCGCAAAAAUGGUUGCUUCGAUUUCUUCGUCUUCUUCUCGCGCAGAACCUGUUAAUCUGAGUGAGAUGAUGCUUUCUCUCACCUACGAUAUAGUUUCUUGGGCUGCUUUCGGUAAGAGCUAUAACGAAGGAAGUGAAGAUGAGAAGAUGGAAUUUCAUGAAGUGCUCAAGGAGACAGGGAUCAUGUUGGGGAGUUUCUUUGUUGCCGAUUAUUUACCAUGGAUGUGGUGGGCCGAUGUUAUCACGGGGUUGUAUGGACGGCUGGAGCGGAGUUUCUCUAAGUUGGAUGCUUUUUAUGAAAGACUCAUCAACGAGCACCAGAAUAGGAAUAAGCCUGAAGCUGAGGAGGAUGACUUUGUGGAUGUGCUGCUUCGCUUGCAGCAUGAAUUCCAUCUCACCAAAGAUCAAAUCAAAGGAAUUAUUAUGAAUGUUUUGAUCGCUGGAACAGAAACAAGCUCGACACUCGUGGUUUGGGCAAUGACAGAACUUAUGAGGAACCCAAAAACAAUGAAGAAAGCACAAGAUGAAGUUAGAAGAAUUGUUGGGAAUAAAGGAAAGGUGGAAGAAAGCGAUCUUCAUCAACUUGAAUACCUUAAGAUAGUUAUAAAAGAGACACUGAGGUUACACCCUCCAGGGGCACUUCUACUUCCUCGAGAAACCAUCCAGGAUUGCAGGAUCGAUGGAUAUGAUGUUGCUGCGAAGACUAGGGUGAUUGUGAAUGCAUUCGCAAUCGGGAGAGACCCCAGUUCAUGGGAAAACCCAGAAGAAUUCAUGCCAGAGAGAUUCACGGGCAGCUCUAUCGAUUACAAAGGGCAAGAUUUUGAACUCAUACCAUUUGGGGCAGGUAGGAGAGUUUGUCCUGGGAUGUAUUUUGGAGCCAUGAUUUAUGAGCUCGCCCUUGCGAAUCUUCUCUAUUCUUUUAAUUGGGAUUUUUCAGCUGGGAUGAAGAAAGAGGAUGUGGAUAUGACUGAGGAAUUCGGAGUUGUUGUGCAUAAGAAACAUGAUCUUUAUCUUGUGCCGACCGAAUAUAGCAAAUUUGGUUAACAAAAAAAAUAAAAUUAAUUGUGAAACAAUCACAUAUAGUGGCUGUAUCAAAGUUGUGAUCCAACCAAUACAAUAAGCCAUACCAUCAGUUUUUGGUUGAAUUUGACAUUUUUGUACCGUGUGAUCAUUAUGGUGUGGUCCACCCUUUGUAGGAUAGUAUAUUUGAUGUAUUUGGCACAUUCGCAAGAAAUAAUAAGGCAUUAGCAUGCGCUGUA